AUGGAAGCCGAAGGAAAAAUUAAGAAUCAAAUAGUGAUAACGCACUAUGUGAACCCUCAUAAAUUUUGGUACAAACCGUUUCGCGUAGGCAAUAGGAACAAACAACAAAGGCAGCUCGAAGACGCGAUCGAUGAAUACUGUGAACAACGUUACUAUAACCAAGACUAUGGACCGUACGAACCCAUUUUAGGCGAGGUGGUAGCGGCAUUCGACCCCGUUCGUGAACGAUGGCUUCGGUACAGCGUCGACAAGAUAUACGAAUUCAAAGGACAGACGAAGUACCGGCUUUGGUCAAUUGACGAAGGAAUGCCCAAGGAUGUCGCACGCGAACUGCUGAAACCUUUGCCCGAAAACUUCCACGAUAAGUCCACUUCCAGCGUGAAGCGAGGAGCUUUGAAAAACAUUCUUCCAUCGCACAAUGUUUUCGAUCCCAUUGAAGAGAUGCUAAGCAAACGUAUGUCCCCGAUAUGGAAUAGCUUUGCGAACACGACGAUGAAAUCGUUCAUUGAAGGGGCUCAGUAUAUUUGCUACGAAAAUGUUGCGAACUAUACGAUCGGUGGCGAGACGAUUGAUUUUGGGAACUUAUUAUUCUUCACUACAAGCAAAUCCUUUAGCGCCGUGACUGUUCUCUCCGAAGCAGGACUCGGAAUGAUAGUUGAAUCCAGUAAUUUCAUAUCUCAAAUAUCCGAAACCAAUGUAUUGUCCAGUAGUCGAUCAUCUUCUGUGGUUGAAGAUUCACCCGAACAAUCAUUCCCAAAAUAUAUGACGCCUCCACAAUUCGCGGAUGUUGGAGAAAAGGGUCAAAACCAGAUCAGUAUUCUAAAUGGAGUUAAUGAACGAGACUUUGAUGAAUCGGUUAGCAUGAUUGGAGUACAACAGAUAAAAAUUAUACCAACCCCCAAGGCUCAACCUGUUGCGAACAAUACCCUUGCAGUUACUGUUGAAGCACCCAAUUCGGGAACUAAAAAGAUAAGCAAGCUUGCACAAAAAAUACAUGGUUUGAGACAAGGCUCGAAAAAUGCGUCACCGAUUACGCAGCCAAAGGAGCAGCAGGUCAACACGAUUGUUACUAUACCUAAGGCAAAAGAAACUCCCUCAACGCUACAGGCAGUUCAGCCUUCUCCGCAACAACACUCAGGUGUACAAGAAUUGAAAAUUGUGUCACCGAAUCAACCCGGGGAACCGAUACGCAACGAUCCAAACUCACUAACCAUUGAUGUUUGCCAGUCUGAAAAGUUGGAAUACGCGUUGAUGCACGCCUCGAUCGACGAACCGGCUGUGAAACAGACUUGUGCGACCCCUCCAAAUGUAGUAGAGAUUCCCCAACAGCAAACGCCAAGAGUCGACGUCAACCCUACCGGGAAGCAAGGGCGAAUAUCUCAAAGAUACAACCUGAAGAAUCGAAUCGCCCUUGCCAAAACGAAGCAAAACAAGGAAAACCGCAAGGAACCCGAGCCCGAAUCACCUGUCCCCUUAAAGGGCUUUGCUCCGGCGGGUGUCUCACUGGAGAGCAUAAUGCGGAAGGAUCUACCCGAAGUGGCGACGGUUCAGAGCAAUGGGGAACUUAAACGGUUUGAAAAAAUGAUUCAAGAAGAAAAAUGUAUAUUCUCCCGCCAGACCCGCUAUCGUGUGUUGGUGCAUGGAGCUAAAGUACCUAAACCCAUCGAUAGCAUUACUAGCGCCAAUUUUAGCCCAAACGUUCACCACGCGUUGGAGCAACUUGGCAUCUCAAAUAUGCACCGGUUGCAAGCCUAUUCGUGGCCACACAUAAUGCGCGGGAACUCGUUCCUGUGUGUGAAUACCGCGGCGACAGGCAAAACCUUUGCCUACCUGCCAGCCGUAUGCUCUGUGGUCCAGAGACAUAUCGAGGAAGCUAUCGUACCACCCGUUUCCGGUCCGGUGUGCAUCAUUAUCUGCUACACGUCGCGCGAGGUGCAACGCAUUGGGUUCUACUGUCGAAAGCUGCUCCGUACGGAGGCUAAUUCGCAUUUGGCCGUGCAUGAGUGUUAUGGCGUUCGAAACGUAUUAAAAACUUGCAACUUGCUGUUUAAUAGUUGUGCGAUUUUGAUCACAACUGCCCCCUGCUACCGACGGUUGUACGAACGCAUGCCGGAGGCGUUCGUGCGCAAACGCAUCCAAACGGUGGUGAUCGACAACAUCGAGGAGAUUCUGCCGCAUUUCGGCCCAGAAUUGCAGCUUCUGUGUAAGAACUGUGACCAGCAGGGGUUGCAAAUGAUCGUUACGGCCGGCCACUGGUUAUCAGCCCUGGUUGGAUUUUUCCGACGAUAUAACAAUAUGAUCAUUUGCAUCGGCGCGUUUUUCGAGGCGGCGGUAUACGCGAAGGCGGCGUUCCAUCUGCGACUUGGGCGAGGUUCUGAGCGAAAGCAGCUCGAGCUGAUUAAGUACAUCAAGCAGCAUGAUUAUCGAACCGAACGCACGAUCGUCUUUGGGAACGACAGCGCCGAUUUGGAGACGAUCGGGGAAGCCUUGCGACAAAACUCCAUCAACCACGUGGUGUGUAGCGGAAAGAUGGUGAUGCAAAAACACGCUGGCUUCCAAAGCUGGGACCAACAAGUCCGAGGGGACAUGGUGGUGCUCGUCUGCUGCGACGAGCUGCAGGCUGAUCUGAACAUUGCUAUGGCACAACAUAUAAUCCACUUUUCGCUACCGCCAACCUGGUCCUCCUUUACGAGGCGAUUCGCAUGUUCGUUCGAUUACUACGAAUGUCCCUACCUAGAGUCGGUUAGUACCGAUAAAGGACGGCCUACGACGCUGGUGCUGCUAAACGAAAACAACAAUCAGCAGCUACCGAAACUGAUCGACUUCCUGGAGCUGCACAAGACACCCAUCCCGCAGGAAUUGGUGAUGCUAGCACAGAACAUUCGCAGCCACCAGGAACGUACCCGAGUGCUCGACGGUCGAGCGGUUUCGUUGCUCUGCACGCACGUACUUGGAUUUGCAGGGUGCCGUAGCAGCAGAUCCUGCGUGUACCGACACGUACUAACGGUGGAUGAUCUCGCCCCAAUGAAUGUUCCCACCGACGGUAGGAUUAAGGUCAAAAUUGCUCACGUCUUCUCACCGGUUCACUUUGCUGUGCGGCUGGAGGGGCAUCGGCUACCGGGUUCAACUACAUGGAAGGUAUUGCACGAUAGCGAGCGUUAUACGCUCCAGGACUUUGCUUUGCAGGUUCACUUUGCCAAUGAAGAACGCCACCAGAUGUAUGGCGUUCCAAAGCGGAACGAACUGUGUGCUGUGUUCUACGAGCAGAACUACUGGCGCUGUCGGAUCAUCAACUUUGAAGAGCUAAACACACCAGACAAUAUCGGAAAGGUACAACUGCUGCUGCUCGACAUUGGCCGAAUCGUGCACGUGAAUUCGUCCGCCUUGCUGUUGUUGCCGGAAAAAUUCCGUGAUCUGUCCGGGCAGACGAUCGACGUGCGCAUUGCCGGUGUCAUACCUCACGAUUUCGAACAGGACUGGGACAAAUCGGCAACCAAUAUGGCGCGAGAGUGGAUAAAAAAGUACGAAAGUAAACCCAACUGCCACAUUGAGGGAAACGUGUUGCUGGCACUGCGGGACACCAUCUGGGUGGACGAGCUGUACCUGGUGGAGCAGCUCGAAGAUCUCAAAACGACACUAGUCACGGAGAAGAUUCGUGCGACUAUUAUUGCGAAGCAGUUUGGCAUCGCCGACAAGGAAUCGUUCGUAAAGGUUAGCCAGCUCGUGCGUGAUUGCGAAGCGCUGCGAAUCCUUCCUGAAUCCGAUUCCAAGGAAAUGGUGCACACCGAAGCGCAAGAGGAACCACAAGAAGCUGCGAUAGACGAACAGCUAGCCGAAGACUGCUUUAGUAUGGUUGAUAAACACGGGAACAUUCCAUCGGACGAUGAAGAGAUGCAAAAACCCGAAUUAACGCAGGCUGUAUCCGGAUUGCAACCGUCGGUACUCGCGAACAGCAUCGCUAACGAAGAGGAAAUUCAUUUGCCAUCCCCGGAGGAGACUACCGAACGCCGUCCUUCCGAGUCGUUUGAGAUGCUACCCCCCACGCAGGAAAAGGACGAAGAGAGCCAGCAUCAGUUCGAUUCGUUGAUCGUAAAUACCGAAUAUAGCGUAGUAAUCGGACGUUACUAUUCACCGGACAAUUUUUACGUCUUCCGUUCUGAGAAAUUGCGCGAGGUUCAAGAACAGAUCGAGAAGUUCACGGGCAAGAAAACCAAUUUGACACCCCUGACGAAUCCGCAUGCCGGCCAGUACUGCCUCGUGUUCUACGAGAAUAUGUUCCAGCGUGGUCGCCUCGUAGCCAAGGCGAACGAAAACACUGAUCAGAAGGGUUUGGAUGUGUUCUUCUUAGAUUUCGGCGGAAUACUAACGUGCUACCUAGAGGAACUGUACACUAUUCCGGAUCACUUACUGUGUCGGCUACCGUUUUUGGCCAUUAAGGGAAGCUUUGCGUUCAUACAGCCGACAACUGGCACGAGCUGGACGGAGGAAGUCUCCAACAAGAUCUACGACGACGUGCUGGAGAAGUACAACCAGGGCAACAUGUUGGCCCGCGUCAUUCGUCCUAAAUAUUCCCAGGAGGGAGCCGAACAGCCCAUCGAAGGCUGCCGAUGGUACGAGUUGCUGCUAUUCGAGGCGAACAGCACCAACCUGUUCGGAAUCGUGCAGGAUAUACUGUUCUACGAACUAGCCAUCUGCAGCAUCGAUGAACAGGAGAAUCCGCUCGAUUUGACGGAUUGUGACGAUGACGAAGAGAGUUUGGUGCAGGUGAAUUUCACGAACGAGGAAAUGCUGCAGAUAUUAAUGCAGCAACCGAUACAGAAGCGUGAUGGCGAUGUCACCAAAUCCAUCGACGAGCCAGCACGGAUAGUCGAGAUAAGCGAUGAAGAAGCUGCCUGUAUGUCGCGUUCGCCUUCCCGCAUGUCCGUCAGUACCGAAGGCAACUCGUCAGUCCGGCCUGCGCUAGGCACACGUAAACGGCGUGCAACGAAAGCUUCUGCAUCGACGACCGGUCGGGGUUCCAGUGUGCCAGCAGUCGUACUGCCCCGUUUGAACAGUGACUAUCGCUUUCCUCAAGUCGUCUGGCAGCAGGACGAUUUCUUUGUCGUGAUGCGCGUGAACGCACCGGACGUCGCUCGGUACGAUCUAACGGUGGACAUCGACGCACUGCUGCUAAAAUUCGUCAGCGGAGAAGGCGAGAGCUAUCUGCUUCCGCUUAAUCUAUUCGGUCCGGUCGAGCCGCAGCACACGACGCACGAAAUCCGUGGUCUUAUGAUCGUGAUCCGACUGCUCAAGCUGGUACCCACCAUCGGUUGGCCCACGCUGCUUAAUCACACCAGCAAGGUACCAUGGCUAAAGGAGGCGACCAGCGUUGAUGGUUCGGGUUCCGGGUCGGACGACAUGUUCGCGACCAACCGGUGGAAGCAAAUGCUUCCGGUGAAGAUGGACGACCCGUGCGAUACCGUGUGGAAUGAGUCGGACGAUGCGGCCGGUUCCGACUCUGAUGAUAUGAUGGAAGAUAAGCUGUUUCUGCGUAGCGGAUAACAACAAAAAG